AUGAGUUCAAACUCUGCUCAAGAACCUGGUCCUUCUUCAAGAAAGCGCACCAGAAGCCGUCGCGCCCGAGGUCAGAAUAGAUACGACAAACCAAUUCGCCCCUUGCGGGAGAUUGCCCCCAAGAUGUCUACACUCGUAGAAGGCAAAGACCCAAGGGAAGGUGCGCUGGCCGAAGAGAUUCGUGUGGUGGAGGCCGCUAUACUUACGGAAGAGAUUCGCAAGUUGAGCUCAGCGACUGGAUCUAAGCUAGGGCUUGACGGUAAAGCCACUGAUCCUGAUCUCGAUGAGCAGUACUCCACCGACGAAGAACUUAUCCUCCGGAUCCGAGCUAGGCAUAAUCUCUCAUCUGCUCAAACAGUUAACGAGCAAUCUGCGGAGGACCUAAGAACCGGAACCUAUAUGUACGAAGACCGCGUCAUACAUCCAAGUUUUCCAUUUGUUCCAAGUGUCGUGCUCACCAGUCCCACCGAACACUUGGAAGUGCCGGAACGCCCCUGGACGGACAUACACGGUGACAGGGAAAUGUUUGAGGAUAGUUUUACGCCAUCCCUGCCCGUCCCAGAGCCCUCUGCUAGGCCCUCACAAGCGGCUGGUGAAUUACGGAGAUCUCCUCGCCGGCAUACCCGGCGUGGACCUGUAGAGGUGUUAAAGCGACGCACUCCGGCCUUACAAGCUGGCUCUUGUUCAAAAACUAGUGUUGAUGGCAUUGAGAAUGAAAAGUUACCGGACGCGGUAUACAAUCUCGAUGAAGAUAAGGAUCCUAAGAUGCUUCCUGAAGCUGCGGAAGAAGAGACUGCAGAGGCAACUCUAAUAAUUAGCAAGGGAAAGGGUCCAGAGAUUUUUCACGCAGUUGACAAGGAGAUAGCUCCAGAGAUUAUAUUGAGAGUUGACAAGGGGAAGGCGCCAGAGAAAAUACCCGUACCGGACAAGGGGAAGGCUCCAGAGGUUGUUCGCCGAGCUGAGAAGCGUAAGGCCCCGAACGUUGUCCGCAGAGCUGUAAAGAGAAAGACCGGGGGGAAAACUCCCAAAAUUGACAAGGGAAAAGCGCCCGAAGUGAUUGGUGAGUUUAACGAGGGAGCUAGCACUCAAGCGGUUCGCAUGCAUCACAAAGAAAAAUCUCCGGAGGUGCUUCCGCAUUUUGAGGAUGGGUGUAUUGAUCCCGUUCUUCUCUCCAAAAAUCCCAAUUUUGACAAUAUAUACCUCUCCCGUGCUCGUGAGGAGAACUCAUGGCUCUCUGAACGAGCAGGUAACAUGAAGACAGGAGAAUUGAAAUUACGCAGUAAUUUCGAAUUACCACCAGGAACCAAUUGGGAAACGCCUAGAUUUAACGGUGAACAGCCUUUACCACCAAGUGAAAAUGACAUGAUCGAAGCCGAAAUUCGGGCAGACGAAGGGAUUGAUUGGGCUUAUGAUCCGCAGGCAUUUAGCUACUUUGACCUUGCUUUCUUUUCGGAAAACGCUUCGGAUAUGGUUGGAACAGAAUUAGAGAUAUCGGAAUUUUUCAAAGGAUCAAUGGAUAUUAAUGACCCAGUUGCGAGCGGCUCUAAUCAAGUGACCACUAACAUGUCCCUUCAUGCUCCCCCAAACGAGGGAAGAACUAUAAGUUCUUUAACUGGCCUCCAUGUCUAUGAUUGGGGUUUCCCGGAGUACAAUGCCGAGGAGACCGAACUCCCAGAUGCCAAUGAUUUCGGAUAUUUCCUCGAAGAAACGAACUCCGAAGGCGUGGUUGUUCGCAAGUUCUAUCCAUAUACAGAGCAAGAUGAUUGGACAUCACAAUAG